CAUCUAUCAUGACAACCAGUAACAGGGCUUAUAUCCGUUUCCAGGCCAAUACUGGCAGCGUAAAGAACUUCUGGAAGGUCAUCUAUACAGCUUACCGAGAUUACGAGUGUAAUGAGACAGCAUCGUUCACAUGUGGUGAAUAUAUGUGCAUCAAUCGAGAGCUUGUUUGUAAUGGAAGACAGAACUGCUAUAACAUGGCAUAUGAUGAAGCCGAUUGUGAACCGGAGCACCCUACUUCGCUGCUAAAUGGUAAAAUCGACGCCGUGCUGGGAUGCAUGAUGGCCAUCAUUUUUCUCGUCACCUUUAUAACCAUAUGCCUAACGUGCCGUCAUUCAUGGUUACGAACUCGUGAACGAGCCAAGGCAAUGUCGACGCGACGGAAAGCUGAAAAACAAGCCGUACAAUAUAUGAUGGACAACGAGGCUAACGCGGACGCACAAGAACUAAGCCCGAUGGGGGAGCGCGAAACUACAAACUACACAGUAUGGAACAAAAAUAGUUUCACAGACGAAAAUUAUGUUUCGUGUAAUAAUACAUCGUCUUCGACCAGUCGCCAUCUUGGGGCGGGGAGAGCUUCGCUGACCUCACAAGUGAGCGAUUACGUGGAACAUAUGAUGGAUAGGAUUGGGAGUGUGCAUGGACAAAGUAGUGGAGGGAGCAGCGAAGGAAAACUCACCCGAGCCAAUACCAAUAAUGUUUGGACAAGACAAUCAUUUAGCGAUCACCCCAGGACGGUUCACAAAUAUCCUACGAAGGAUAUACAAGUACAUGUUUAAGAAUGUCUCAAUCACCUGUGAUAGUUUAAGCUUCAUGUGUGUAUAAACCAAGAUUGCCAAAUCAAACAAAGACAAAGACAGAGAAAGAAUCUUGGUUAUAAUUGCAAUUUUGAUAAAAUGCAGCGAACUUCCACAGUAAUCAUCUCUUACCAAAUAUUCCUUCUAUUUAUCACUACUUGGUGUUGUCGUGUAAAGAUCAUAUCCUCUCUUCCAGAUCGUAAGUUGUUCGUGAUGUCAUCGGUGAUAUAUCCUAAUGCCAAACAUUUGAAGCAUAAAAUGGACAUGUUGAAAUAUCAAGGAUAAUAUUGUCUCUGAGCUUGAACAAUUAUUCAAGACCAUAUGGAGUUUUCGUCGAUAAUAGAAAAAACUGCUGUUGUGUGGAUGCUCGAUAUAAGACUCGCAGGAUUCAUGGAAAUUGAUUUGCGAAUAUUGACAGAUUUUCAAAAUCUUUACAUAAAUUGUUGUCACUUAGCAAAUAUCAAGGAUAAUCUGAUUACUACGUUGAUGGCACACACUAAACGCUUCGUUUGAUAAAAAAAAUACAAGAGGCUUGUCCUCAUCAGCCUGUGUUUCCAAAUAUUCAUAUGUUUCUUAUCUGUGGAAACCAGAUGAGAACUUGCUAGAGAUAAUAUGUGAUAAAGGUGCAAUCAUUUCGAUGUGUGGGCUAUUACCUCGAGUUCACCUCAAAGUUAGAAACCUUUAUCUGUGGACCAUUUACAUAAGAAACGACGGUUAGGCUGUGAAGCCAUUUUUUGCAGGUACACUACUGGGCCACGUUGCAUUAAAGUUACUAUUAUGGUAACUUUGCCACCCAAUGGUAACUACCAUGAAAUCCUUGAUUUUGGUUGGCUCUUAAAGCGUUGUUACCAUGGUGGUUAUCAUUGGAUGGUAAAGAUAUCAUAAUAGUAACUUUUAUGCAACGGGGCCAAUAGGACGUGUUGGCACUGCAACAAAAUGUUUUGAUAACAGACUUCCACGAACAACGUCGUCCUGUUUUACCUCUUCAUGAUUUGAGCUGCAUUUCUACUUUUCACCAUUGAACUACA